CCUGGCUGUCCGGAAGAUGGCUCAAGACAGGCCUUUACUUCCUGUGCAGGAGGCCUUGAAGAAGUGCUUCCCGGUCGUGGAGGAGCAGCACGGCCUGUGGCAGAGCACUCUGCGGGACUGCUCGCCCCUCCUGGCCUCGCUCAGCAACCUGGCAGAGCAGUUGCAGGCCGCACAAAGCGUGCGGUUUGAGGAUGUGCCGGCGCUUCGGGCCUUCCCCGACCUACAGGAGCGGCUGCGGCGCAAGCAGCUGGCGGCUGGGGACACUGUCCUGGACAAGCUAGGGGAGAAGCUAGCCACUCUCCUCAAGGUACGAGACACAGUCAGCAGCCACGUGGAGCAAGUGUUUCGGAUCUAUGAGCAGCAUGCAGACGUGGUCGGCCUUGAUGCUGUUCUGCAGCCCUCAGCUCUGAGCCCGUCUGUGGCUGACAUGUUGGAGUGGUUGCAAGAUAUUGAGAGACAUUACCGAACUUCGUACUUGAAGAGAAAGUAUCUCUUUUCUUCCAUCCAGUGGGGAGACUUGGCAGGCAUCCAAGCACUGCCUAAGGCCUGGGACCAGAUUUCAGAAGAUGAGCACCAAGAUCUUGUACAAGAUAUCCUACUGAGUGUUUCCUUCUUCCUGGAAGAGUAAGGAAACUUCGUGUUAUGUGAAGACCAGAAGCACCACAGUUGAAGAUGGACAUUGCUGCCCACUGUGAUAUUUCUAAAGAAGCAUCAGGAUAACAACCUGACCUAUUUGAAAUAUCAGUGCCUAGGACUGGAUCUUGGGAGGAUCAAGGGUAGAAGUCUCUGGGGCUUCUCAUGCCAGAUCAAGGUUCCAUUCAUGGUUCAUGGGCCAUUGCUGGCCCUUUCAGGGAAGCGGGUGGAGAUAGAGAGAAAGCAGGCAAGGCAGUACUGAUAAACCUGCCAGUCUACAUUAUAAGGCCCAAAGUGGUAGGGAGGGAAAGGACAGGAGAUAAAGGGCAGAAGUCACCCCUGGCAUUAUCUGAAUCACCAGUCUGAUUGACGUCAGGUCCUGGAAAGGUGUCUGUACCUGACACCUUGAAGAUUGAGAAAGAGGUUUUGAUGAUUUAAAGAAAUAAGGAUAUGUUUGUGGUGGGGUGCAAUUCAGUAGUAGAGCUUGUGUUUGGCAUGUAUGAACCCCUGGUUCAAUCCCUGGCACCAAAAAAGAAAAGGGUGACAGGUUGCAGAAGUUCCUUAUCAAGCCAAUUUCCAUUUCCAAAACCUGCCACCAGGGGGAGGUGGUGCAGUACGAGUUGUCUGGAAGCUUUUGUGGAGAGCAGGUCCCCCUUGCUCAUACUCUGAGAGAACAGUAACUAGGGAAAUGAUACUCCCAAAAUGGCAGGGUGUUUUUGGCCACAGCUGGCAUGGCACUUGCGUUUACGUUUGGAGUAG